AUGAAGACGCCACUGUACCAUCACCAGUUACUGGCGGCAGAUUGGAUGGUUAAACGUGAGCUUUCCUUGGAUCGGCCUCAUGGGUGUCUAUUGGCAGAUGCUAUGGGUCUUGGGAAGACUGUAUCGACUUUGGCUACGAUGGUCAGAAAUCCGCCAGCAGAAAAGGACAUCACAGCGAUGAGAAAAGCUACGCUCAUAGUAGUCCCGGCAAGCUUACUUUCACAGUGGGAGGCAGAAAUCAAAGUGCAUGUCGACGAGAAGAUUUUCCAAAAAGUCAUGCCUUAUAAGUCGUCUUCAAGAAUAUCUACCAACAUUCUCUCAGACUGCGAUAUUGUGCUGAUGAGCUUUACGGAAGUUGCAAAUAGCUGGCCAUUUCCAAGCUCUGUGGAAGACAAGGCUGACACAAGGCUAUUAGGAGAGGAUGAGUGGGCCAAUAAUCGCAAUUCACUUAAAGGCGACCUACAGCGAGUCAAAUGGUACCGAAUUGUCCUGGAUGAAGCUCAGGCGAUCAAAAAUUAUAGGUCACGGACUUCAAUAGCUUGCCACAAGCUGGACUCAACUUACCGAUGGACUCUUUCAGGCACUCCUGUCUUAAACAGCCUCAACGAGCUCUAUCCAUAUUUUCGCUUUCUUCGCCUGAACUGGGCAAGCUCUUUCCCUGUUUUCAAGAAAAACUUUGGAGAUCCCGAUGCCAACGAUUCAACUAAGAGACUGAAUGUCAUGCUUAGUGUGAUUAUGAUGUGA